AUGAUUGAGGGCUGGAAACCCCCCAGCCAGAACCCCUCCGGCCAGAGAGACAUCACUUCACCAAGGCGAGAUCCCCAGACCCGAAUCACGAAGCGACCGCGCCCGAAUUCUUCCCGUCCCACGGGCGUUACCAACAACCCUGGCAAGUAUGUCUCUCAGGACGAGCAGUCGCGCCAGUUUGUCGCCGACGAAGACAAGUUCGUCCUGAAGCAGUCGAAGAAAAAAGCCGACAUCCGUGUCCGGGAAGGGAGAGCGAAGUCGAUCGAUUAUCUCGCCUUUAAUUUGCGCUUCAUCGAUUCCGACCGAGACGUGUUUGACGACGACGAUGUGGACGCUGAGCUCCCUGUUCCGGCACCCGAAGCCGUGCUGGAAGGGUUGAACGAGGCGCAACUGAAAGAGCUGGACGAGGACAUGGCAUCAUACCUGGCCCUGGAGACGGGUAGCGCGAAUAGGGAAUACUGGAAGGCUUUGCUGGCUAUCUGUGCCGAUCGCCGCCAGAAGCUGGCUCCCCGAGGACCGGAGGGGAGGGCGGUAAACUCGGUCGCCUCGGAUAUCGACAAGAUCCUGAGCCCGAAGACAUAUGAACAGCUGGAGGCACUGGAGAAGCAGAUCAAAACAAAGCUGGAGUCCAACGAACCCAUCGAUACCGACUACUGGGAGGAGCUGCUGAGGAGUCUCCGUGUUUGGAAAGCGAAAGCCAAGCUACAGAAGGUCUACAAGUCGAUAAAUGCGGCGCGCAUCGAGCUUCUGAAGGAGCGGAACCCGGAACUCGCCGAGAAGCUGCAAGCAAUGGGAACACUGCCACAAGCCGUGGUGGCUACGGCGAAAGCAGCGCCGAAAGCGCCAGUCGGCACCGCCACCAGCCUCGCGCCUGGGAAGGCAAUGGCAGCAUCGUCGGCCGACGCAUCACGUCCGCCGCCAGGCACAGCUCGAUUUGCCGAGACCAGCACGGAGGAUUUCUCCCAGGCGACCAAGGCUCUGUACGAUCGGGAAGUGGCGCGUGGAAUCAGCGAGAACGAGGAGAUAUUCAUGGAUGAGGCGGUGGUCCCGGCUGGAAUCAAGCCUCUGUGGGCGGAAAAGUAUCGACCGCGGAAGCCGCGAUAUUUCAACCGAGUGCAGAUGGGAUACGAGUGGAAUAAGUACAACCAGACGCAUUACGACCACGACAACCCGCCUCCCAAGGUCGUGCAAGGGUACAAGUUCAACAUGUUUUACCCGGACCUCAUCGACAAGACGAAGGCGCCGACUUACAAGAUCAUCCGCGAGCAUGGGCGGCGACGGGGCGAGUCAUUUGCCCCGGCCGGCGAGGAGGACACAUGCCUGAUUCGCUUCAUUGCUGGGCCGCCGUACGAAGAUGUCGCCUUCAGGAUCGUUGACCGCGAAUGGGACUACAGCGCGAAGAAAGAGCGUGGCUUCAAGAGCAGCUUCGACAAGGGUAUCCUCCAACUACACUUUCAGUUCAAGAAGAUCUAUUAUAGGAAGUAA